CGUUUGGUAAAAUACGCGUGAACAUGUUGCUCCGGUUCCGCACGAUGCGUCAUCCGUCAUGGGAUUCAGAAUACGAUGAUUAGGCCACGAGGUUCGCGCGGGUGUGAAAGUCCACGGAGGUUUCACCAUGAAGAGCGGCAGCGGAAAAAGCGACGUUUCGGCUUCGGCGGCCGCAGAAGCGAAAUCGCGUUCGCGCUGUGCGCAAUGUGCUCUUGCAUGUCGUGCGAAAGAACGGAAGAAUGUCAAUUUAAACUGGGAUGCAGUGGUGGCAACAAAAAAUAAUCGUCACGUCAAAUACAAUAGAAGAUAUAAAUAAAUUUCUAAAAGUUUUGCUUGAAAAAAGCGUGAAAAAACUUUUUUUUAACAAAAAAGUAUUAAUCAAAGAAAGUGAAAUUAAAAACACACUUGUUAAAUUAUGUGAAAAAUUUAUUGAUCAAUGCAUCGACAAAAACAAGGAAGAAACAAUUGAGAAGAACUUUCCUAUCAGUCAGUAAAAUUUUCAGCAAAUACUUCUCUAUGUGUUGCUUUUCUGAAAAAUAAAAGAAGAAAGAGUGAGAACAAAAUGCCGGCAGAAUCGUCAAUUUAUUGGAGUUCGGAUGAUUCCCGAAAAUCGACUUCUGGCAGUUCCGGAAGCGGUGGGACCGGAGGUCGUCAUUACAUAGAUCCGUGGGACUUGGAGAAUUACGCUUAUUUGCGGCGCCACAGCGUCGCCGACGUACCGCGCCGAACGCAACGCUGCCCUUCCAUGCAGGAACGUUCCCUUCGGGACGCGCGAGCACGAUCGGAAUAUUGCUGCGCGUCAUCUUCAUUAAGAGAAUAUGACGAACGAGAUUUGUACCACGGACCAGUUAGGCAACCAAACAAUAGCCGUUGUUAUCAGCAAGCUAUCUACGAGGACGAGGGAAUGAAUUAUGUCGCAUCGGCGCCGGAACCAUUUCCGGUUUUCACGCCCGUACUCGAAAUUCCGAGGUCUCUUCCUCAGGAAAGAAAAAGCUUACCGCACGCAGUUAACGCGCACGACAACAGAUACAUGGUACAGACAACAUCACCGUCGCAUAUGGACCUGAAUACGUACGGUCAUUUGAAGAUCGACUACACGAACAGCUGGAAUUCACUGAAUCGUCGAAUCAGCAAAUAAUGUAGAAUAUAAUAAAAAAAAAAGAAUGAUGUUUAAAAAAUCAAAUAUUAUAAUCCUUUCGCUCCGGCGCGCUUCUGA